AAACCAGAACUUAGUCACGUGAUCAAACAUUAACUUUGUUUCUAAGAACAAAUUUUGAACAUUGGCGAUCAUCUUUGAACAUUGUUGUUCAUUGUGGUAGCCCUUGUUCAUUGUUAAGUCAUCCCUCUCACAUAAAUUCUUAAUAGGCGAUGUGAUUCUCGUAAAUGUUCGGGACAGAGGACAGCGAGGAUGUUUUCUUUGGGACUAUGAUGGUGCCGAUUAUGUCGACCCCACAGCCAACACCAGUCACACUCAUUUACCACCCAGCGUCCAUCCUGUCCAUUGCUAUUGGUAUCUACCUCUUGGUUAUCAUCAUAUUCACCAUUAUUCAGCAAUGUCUUACGAAGCGAGGUGUCUGUUCCGAGUGUAAUAUCUGUGGAUCCAAGCCUGACAACAGUUGUAUCAAGUGCUGCCUGGCUAUCUCAGAGAAAUGCACUUGUUCGGUGCCAAGUGUGGAAAAAUGCUUAGAUGCCUGCUGUCCCCAAAGGAAGCAAAUGGACUGUGUUGAUAUAAUUCUAUGUCAAUGUUGUGCUGGUGCAGGGUCUGGUAACACAUGUGGUUUUGGAAACUGCAAGUGUGAUUGCAGCUGUGAUCCAGGGUGCAACGAGAUCAACUGUCUGUGUUUCCAACUGAAUUUCGUCGGAGAUAACACAGCGUUGAUCAGUAAUAACCAACCGAACAGGGUCCAGUACUGAAAUAGUUUCAGAUGUCCAGGGUCAAACAACAACAACAACAAUAAUAACUGUUUCCAAUUGAAGAUUAGAUUGGAAUUAAUGAAAAUAUCGAAGAUCACUAUUAUACUAUAGUUAGAAUGGUUGCAAAUCCAACAAUUGAAUUUACCAAGAAGACGAAAAUUUCCUGAAUGUCAAUUAGGUGAUUAUUAUUAUUGUACCAAGAUGAAACUUGGAACAGCCAGGGAGAGUAACCUCACCUUAUAAAUAUAAUACACACAUACUGUGUUCAAACAAAAAGAAAGUGGCACUCAACACA